CGUGACAUCCAUUUGAUCGUCUUUAUAAAUCUUUUCCUGUCUUUUCUCUCGAUGACCAUGUCGGAAGCCCCUCAGAUUCGUCGUAUUGUGACCUCCCACAAUUUGAAAGGGCAAGGUACUAUUCAAAUCGACGCCGACUUGCAAUGGGCGGGGGACGAGGUGCACCCAUCUGGCGUACAUUGGAUUCUCUUCCCACAAAUGAUAACAAUUCUUCUGAAGACGGGAUACUGAGGACCCUCAAUCCGUACAUCAAUCUUGGAAUCGUGCCCUCGAAUGGGUCCAACUGCGCGGCAACCGAGUUACCACCUGGUGCUGUAACACCAAUGCAUCGGACUUCGUCUCUGGAUUACAACAUUCUAGUUCACGGAGAAGUUAUAUUACUCAUGGAGGAUGGUACCGAGAAGUUGCUCGAUACUCCGGGAGACACGGUCGUUAUGAAGGGCGCUAUGCAUGCAUGGAAGAAUCCUUCCAGCACUUCUUGGGCACGUUGGGUUACUGUUUUGCUGUCCGCAGAACCCGCCUUGAUAAACGGGAACACUUUGGCACCUGAGUUGGUUGAGUAGGGCCGGCGGCCCGGUCUACAUUGUUCAUUGUAAAUUACUACCCAUUCCU